GCUCUAAUUUUGUUUUUCCGGGGGCGUAAAUUGACAAUUUAAUGUUUUGAACGGCUUCGAAAGCAUUCCGACAUGGACUCUACUGCCACACGUACUGUGACCUUUGUGUACAACUACAAGGACCAUGAAAACAAAGACUGCGUAGCCCAGCUUGACAUCAAAUUCCCCUUCGACCAGGAGAAUCUGGAGGAGUGUCUGACCCUGCUCCUCAACCAAAUGGAUCCCAUGAUGCGGUAUCUGGACGAGAACAUUAAUUUGGAAAACCAUCUGCAGGACUUUGUCGACACUGAGCACCAAAAGUUCCUGGACGACUACGCUGAGAAGCUAAUCGGACAGGCGGCCAACGAAGAGCUCGACUUGGAGGCCAUUGUGCGGGACACAGAGCGGCUGUAUAAGGACGAGCUGCUGCAGUUUGCCGAUCGUGUAGGCCCCAGGGACGAGGAUAUAUUUGCGCAGAGUUUCCACCGGCUAGUGCACUCCUCUUCGUUGGAGGAAAUCCUCAAACGGGAACGAGCCUACGCCAAAGUAAUAGCCGGAAUGACGGAGCACAUGGACAGCGAGGUGGAGACGCUCAACACGAGCCAGCAGCAGGAGAUGGACAGCCAGAUCAAUCAGCUGGACAUAACCACCACCUCGGAGGACAUCAACAACCUGCUGGCACAGCAGUACACCACCCAGAACUUUGUGCGCAAGCGCUACGAGUCGGAGCUGGAGGCGAAGAUGGGUCACCAGAAGAACGAAUACCGGGACUGGAUCACGAGUCAAGUGAGCCAAAUGUUUCAGGUCUCGCCGGUGGCCACGCCGCUGGGCAAUCGCUCCUCGAUGUUCGUGUCCCAGCAGCCGUCGAUGGAGGAGAGCUUCACCAUACAUCUGGGCUCGCAGCUGAAGCACAUGCACAACAUCCGCAUUCUCAGUGCCAACGUCACAGAACUAUGCAGUCCCCUGCAUGCCGAGGAGAGCUUAAAUGGCCUGAACAUGGCCCUGGGCCUCUAUUCCAGCUCGCUGUGCGGUGUCGUCGUGCUAACGCCAUCCAUUCAGGCCGAGGCCAACAAGAAUAUCAUUAAGAACGCCAACAGGUCCACAGAGUUUCACUUUGAGCAAAUCGACGUUCAGCUGGAGAAGAUCGAGAAGCAGAUCCGCAGCCUCAGCACCACCGAUUCGAACAGCACUCCGAGCACUGCCAGCAGCAACAGCAGUGCCGAGGGCAGCGCCACGCCCUCGCCCACCAAAAAGCACGUGCCCCGACUGAAAACAGGAGACUUCUUCAUCACCAAGCACUCGAAUUUGUCUCAAUCCCAUGUGAUAUUCCACCUGAUCUCGGACGAGCCCAUCAACAGUCCGAGCGAGAUCAACUCCCGUCAUCCGGUGAUUUUGGGCCUGAGGAACAUCCUGAAGACAGCCAGCAGACAUGACAUCACCACGCUGACGAUACCGGCUCUCUUGCGCCACGAGAUGAGCGAGGACAUGACGGUGCAGUGGUGCAUCAGGCGCGCGGAGCUGGUCUUCAAAUGCGCCAAAGGAUUCAUGAUUGAAUCAGCGUCCUGGGGCGGCGCCGAGCUAAGCACUUUGCAAUUGUUACUGCCGGAUGACAUAUCGGAGAGUCUGUUCACCACGCUGGCGGGAAUGGUGCCCAGCGUGUUUCAUGUGGCCAAUCCGAAGAUACUCGUCGACACCAGCAGCAAGUCGUAGACUGCGUACGAGAGAACAUUCCUCGAAGAACAUUGAAGAAAAGACUACUUUAGUUUAUUUGUAUGAAUAUACAGUUUAUUCAGAUUCAGA